AUGCUCUUCUCCAAUCCUUCUUCCCAGCAAACCCUCAGAAGGAUGUGUUACCUCACUAUCAAAGAGAUGGCCAAUAUUUCAGAGGAUGUCAUCAUUGUCACCAGCAGCCUGACCAAGGACAUGACAGGGAAGGAGGACGUGUACCGGGGCCCCGCCAUCCGCGCGCUCUGCAGGAUCACUGAUGGUACAAUGCUGCAGGCCAUCGAGCGAUACAUGAAGCAAGCCAUCGUGGACAAAGUCCCCAGUGUCUCCAGUUCUGCACUGGUGUCUUCCUUACAUAUGAUGAAGAUCAGUUACGACGUAGUCAAACGGUGGAUCAAUGAAGCUCAAGAAGCAGCUUCUGGGGACAACAUCAUGGUGCAGUAUCAUGCCCUGGGGCUCCUCUACCACCUGCGGAGGAACGAUCGCCUGGCGGUGUCCAAGAUGCUGAAUAAGUUCACAAAGUCUGGGCUGAAGUCCCAGUUUGCUUACUGCAUGCUGAUCAGGAUUGCCAGCAAGCUCCUGAAGGAGUCUGAAGAGAGCCACGAGAGUCCCCUCUUCGACUUCAUCGAGAGCUGCCUGCGCAACAAGCACGAGAUGGUGAUUUAUGAAGCUGCCUCUGCCAUCAUCCACCUCCCCAACUGCACGGCCAGGGAGCUGGCCCCCGCUGUGUCAGUGCUGCAGCUUUUCUGUAGUUCUCCCAAACCUGUCUUGAGAUAUGCAGCUGUAAGGACCCUUAAUAAAGUGGCCAUGAAGCACCCCUCUGCAGUCACUGCCUGCAACCUGGACCUGGAGAACCUCAUCACGGACUCGAACCGCAGCAUCGCCACCCUCGCCAUCACCACCCUGCUGAAGACUGGCUCUGAGAGCAGCGUGGACAGGCUCAUGAAACAGAUCUCCUCCUUCGUGUCAGAGAUACCAGAUGAGUUUAAGGUGGUGGUAGUCCAGGCCAUCAGUGCCUUGUGCCAGAAGUACCCUCGGAAGCACAGUGUCAUGAUGACCUUCCUCUCCAACAUGCUCAGGGAUGAUGGUGGCUUUGAGUACAAGCGAGCCAUUGUGGACUGCAUCAUCAGCAUCAUCGAGGAGAACCCUGAGAGCAAAGAGUCAGGCUUGGCUCACCUCUGCGAGUUCAUUGAGGACUGUGAGCACACUGUGCUGGCCACAAAGAUCCUGCAUCUGCUGGGGAAGGAGGGGCCAAGGACCCCCUCCCCCUCCAAGUACAUCCGUUUCAUAUUCAACAGGGUGGUGCUGGAGAACGAGGCCGUCAGGGCAGCUGCUGUUAGUGCCCUAGCCAAGUUUGGUGCCCAGAAUGAGAAUCUCCUUCCCAGCAUCUUGGUGCUUUUACAGAGGUGA